UCCGUUUUCACAGCACUUUGUACAUUUCACCGCUGAAGUUUCGAGCAGGAAACGUUAUCUGUGUUGUGAGGCGGCUGAGGAAAGCAUGGCCCUAAACGCAGAUGACUUUGAAUGGGAGCCUCCCUCCGAGGCGGAGAUGAAGGUGAUUCAGGCUCGCCGGGAGCGGCAGGACAAGAUCAGCAAGCUGAUGGGAGACUAUCUGCUGAAGGGCUACAAGAUGCUGGGGGACUGCUGUGAGCUGUGUGGGACAAUUCUGCUGCAAGAUAAGCAGAAGAAAAAUUACUGUGUUGCUUGUCAAGAGCUGGACUCCGAUAUUGACAAGGACAACCCAGCUUUAAACGCCCAGGCAGCCUUGUCACAGGUACGAGAGCGUCAGCUUGCGACUCAGCCUCUCCCUGAAUCUAACGGUGCCUCAUCCAGCGAACCCCCUCUCUCCAUCACGGGCCAGCCCCGGCCGGAGCACUGCGAGGGGGCCGCGUCUGGACUGAGAGGUCCCCCUCCCGCCAUACAGUCCACCCCUCUUUCUGUCCCCACCGCCAGCUCCAACUUCCUGCCACCAGCCACCCCUGCUCCCCAGACUGCACCUCCUUUAGGGCCCGUGGGCAACACCCUCCUCCACCACCCAGCCUUGUCAAGUGCAGAGGAGGCAGUGCUACAUAAACUCAGAUGGGCCACACAGGAGCUCCAGCACUCGGGGUCAGUGGAGGCCAGCAUCCAGCUCUGCAGUCUGAUCCGAGGCUGUGCCGAAUCCCUGCGCAGCUUGAAAGAACUGCAGCUCUCAUAAGACUGAAGCACAGACGGAGCUGUAACAGCACACACACACACAUAAGGAAAUACAAACAGCACUAAUACAUAUAUAUAUAGUAACAUACUCAACAGAGCGUUUCGGUUGUGUUUAUGUUUGUUCUAAAGCAGCUGAGUAUGUGACUGUGUCGUGUGUUGAAAUACAUUGCUUGAGCUGCAAAGGCUGGUUUCUUUU